AUGGCAGGCUCUGGUGAGCGCAAAGGCAAGAAGGAUGACAAUGGCAUCGGCACGGCCAUUGAUUUCGUGCUCUCCAAUGCCCGGCUGGUGCUGGGGGUGGGCGGAGCAGCCAUGCUGGGCAUCGCCACACUGGCAGUUAAGCGGAUGUACGACAGGGCGAUCAGUGCCCCUACCAGCCCCACCCGCCUGAGCCAUUCAGGGAAGAGGAGCUGGGAAGAACCGAACUGGAUGGGCUCGCCCCGACUGCUGAAUAAAGAAAUGAAGACAGGCCUGAGCCGGUCCCUGCAGACCCUUCCCACAGACUCCUCAGCCUUUGAUGCAGAUACAUUCUGCCCGCCCCGGCCCAAGCCAUUGGCCAGGAAGGGCCAGGUAGACUUGAAGAAGUCACGGCUCCGCAUGUCCCUGCAGGAGAAACUUCUUACUUACUACCGGAACCGGGCGGCCAUCCCUGCUGGCGAGCAGGCUCGGGCCAAGCAAGCUGCCGUGGACAUAUGUGCCGAGCUCCGGAGCUUCCUGCGGGCCAAGUUGCCGGACAUGCCGCUCCGGGACAUGUACCUGAGUGGCAGCCUCUAUGACGACCUGCAGGUGGUGACCGCUGACCACAUCCAACUCAUCGUGCCCCUGGUGCUGGAGCAGAACCUGUGGUCGUGUAUCCCUGGUGAGGACACCAUCAUGAAUGUCCCCGGCUUCUGCCUGGUUCGCCGUGAGAACCCGGAGUAUUUUCCUCGUGGUAGCAGCUACUGGGACCGCUGCGUAGUAGGGGGCUACCUUUCCCCCAAGACGGUGGCAGACACAUUUGAGAAGGUAGUGGCUGGCUCCAUCAACUGGCCAGCCAUAGGGUCCCUCUUGGACUACGUGAUCCGACCGGCACCGCCCCCAGAAGCCCUGACUUUGGAAGUGCAGUAUGAGCGCGACAAGCAUCUCGUCAUUGACUUCCUGCCGUCGGUGACCCUCGGCGACACCGUCUUGGUAGCCAGACCACACCGGCUGGCCCAGUAUGACAACCUGUGGCGGCUGAGCCUGCGGCCCGCAGAGACGGCACGCCUGCGGGCUCUGGACCAGGCCGACUCGGGCUGCCGAUCUCUGUGCCUCAAGAUCCUUAAGGCCAUAUGCAAGUCCACUCCGGCUCUGGGCCACCUCACUGCCAGCCAGCUCACCAACGUCAUCCUCCACUUGGCCCAGGAGGAGGCUGACUGGUCUCCAGAUAUGUUGGCCGACCGAUUCCUGCAGGCCUUGAGGGGACUCAUCAGCUACCUAGAGGCCGGAGUCCUGCCCAGUGCCCUGAACCCCAAGGUGAACUUGUUUGCAGAGCUCACUCCUGAAGAAAUAGAUGAAUUGGGAUAUACUCUCUAUUGCUCCUUGUCUGAGCCGGAGGUGCUGCUGCACACGUAGGGCAGGUGAAGGCCAAAGUGGACGUCAGGCGGUCAGACCCGGGCUUCUCCGUUAGAAACACGUGGCUGCACAGCUGGUGCCUCACAGGGUCCCUAGGUGCCUCCUAUCUUGCUGGUCAUCGCCCCGGUCACUUCAUGCUGAUUAGAAUGCCGUCUCUUUGCCUCUUUUCUCACCCAGCCCUUUCUAUUUUUGUUACCAAACACUGUGCUCCUACUCCUCCCCGCCCCCUUGCUCCAGGCUGACUUUUCUGGAAUGAAUUGAGAAGGUGAAGCACUGGCCUGACCUGAGCUGCUGUUUUGCAAUUUGGCCCAGGUUUUCUGCUCCUGUCUGCCCUUUGGCCUGUUUUCUUUCCAGUGUCGCCUCUGUCUGUUCCUCUUGUUCACGCCUUCUGUUUUGCUUUUCUCCCUGGAGCAUAUCUGCCCCGUCAAGAUGUUGCCUUUGAGUUGAAUGUCACCGAAGAGUUCCGAUCGGCACGUUUCCGAGCCGAGCUCUGCAGAGUGAGCGCUCAGACGCUAUUUAGAAUUUCUGGGGUUAAAACCGGGAGAAGAGCUGGCUCUUGACCCAGGUUCCUGGAGAAGCAGCCCAAGUCCUGACCAGCUCAGAUUCCUAAGUGCUGAGAAGGUCCCUCCUGGGAACACGGUUACUGACCCACGCAGGAGUGAGGCUCAAGAUAAACUGGAUGCAAAGUUGCCUGGAGAUUGUGUUUUUUAGUGGCCAUCUGUGAGGGUGCCGCGGGGGAGCUGGAGGUGGUGAGGGGGGGCCUGGGGAGGGUGCGUGUGCCUGGUGUCUAGACCUCCCCUUUGGCUGGUCCAGAUCAGCUGCGAGAGCGGAGUGGCAGGAGGACAGGAGGAGGACGAGGGAGGGAAGGGGCUGCCUGCCGGGGCACCGCCCCCCCCUGCACAAGUGCUGUUGUUCAGCCCCUUCCUUGCUUGUUGCCAAUUAGGACGAAGCCUUCGAGGACACAGCCUUGGGGGAGGUUGACAGGUGUCUGAACACUAAGUGGAAAAUCCAGUCACCAGUCGAGGCUUGGUGACCGAGUUUCUCCCCCAUCAGGCCCCGCCCCUCUAGGAUGCUGCCUCAGAGCAGGAACCGGCCCAAAGCCAGCCCUUCCUUCCCCAGCUUCUGCCACAGGAACGUGAGAGCUGUGCGUGCCGAGCCCGCAAGGCACCGUCGAAGGGCGAGCAGACUUGCGCCGACCUCUUCCCCGUCCUGUCUCAGCCCGCUCCUGGGGAGACUGGUGCUACCUAGGGAGAGAGUUCGUGGAUAAAACACGGGGGGGGGGGGGGGGGGGGCGGUGCAGCUUGCUCCACCCCCUCUUAUUUCCAGCUGCUAAAACUGCUCUGUGUGUAUUGCAAAGUAUCCUGAGGGUGGGGAGGAGUGUUUGAUACACGACGUCUGUGCGUCUUGUGUUGUGCUUUUGUCCUGUCCGUGGCAAGAAGCCAGUAAUAAUUGUU